AUGGUCGAUCAUUUUCUGGUGGAAGAAUGGCUCACUCAAGAAUCCUACGACGAAUAUUUUCGACAAUGUGCACCAAUUUCAUGCACCUAUUUAACAACUGUCCAUGAUGGCUAUUUUGAUGUUCUAAAAACACUGAUUGGUCUGCUCGGUGGACUCUGCAGUGGAUUGGGCAUAGUCGUCCCAUUGCUUGUCCGACUCAUUCGACAACGAUUUUGGCCACCACCGGCGUCAUCUAUUCCGAUACCUUCAACACCAUCACAUUUUUCACGUGCACCAUGGAAUUCUCUACAAAACUAUUCUAAUGAUUUUAUAUUACCUUCAAAUGAAUAA